CACGCAGCAAAGUGCACACACACCUGUUUGUUGGAGCAACACAAUGUCCCACUAUGAGCCCGGGCAUUCCAGAUCAGGAAGCCACUGCAGGCCGGCAGCUCUUCUGUGUAAAGUAACACGCUGUUAGACACGUUUUCUACCACCGCUGUGCCACUUGUUUUAUUUGACUUUUAUUUUCAUUUAAAAAAAACAGCCCAUUUUCUUCACUGGAUUUUUUUAAAUUUUGUACGUUGAAUGCGAGCAGAGAUGGAAGAGGCUGAGCAGUGGGCGGCCGACCUGAUGGAUGAUCGAACAGGUACAAGCAAGAAAGUUCAGGCAGCAGAGACGAUGAGGAUGAUCCCCUCAGACAUAUGCUGUGAGAUUUUGGAUCUGAAUGAAGGAGAGAAUCUCACAGGCCUGUGCAAAAGGAAGAAAAUGAUCAAGACAACAUUCUCACCAAGGGUGUCUGAGGAAAUCCUCGAGGUAGAACCCGAGGACACUGCAGAAUUCAUGAAUGCAGCGAGUCAGGGCAAACUGAGUUUAAUCGAGAAGUAUCUGGCUGAUGGUGGGAAUCCAAAUGCCCAUGAUGAGCUGAAUAGGACAGCACUACAGCGUGCCUCCCUGCAAGGACACACUGCAGUCGUCCAAAUGCUUUUAGAAAAAGGAGCCGAUAUCAACUUUAAAGAUCAGCUGGGCUCCAGGGCCUUACACUGGGCCUGCAGGGGGGGCAGCCUGGGAGUUGUCAAAGCCCUGAAAAGCCACGGGGCUGACCUGAAUGUUAGAGAUAAGUGUGUGCUCAUAUCCUCUUUGCAGCUGUACAGCACUCCUGUGCAUGUGGCAACAAGAACUGGGCACACCGCCAUUGUGGAGUACCUGCUGUCUUGUGGGGCAAAAAUCAACUCCAGGGAUAGGGAAGGAGACACAGCCCUGCACGACGCCGUGCGUCUCAACAGAUACAAGAUAGUGAAGCUGCUCAUAGUUGCUGGAGCUGACACAAAAAUAAAAAAUCAUGAGGGACUGACUGCGGUACAGCAAGUGAAACAAUGGCAGUUUGACAUCAUGGAGACGCUGCAGAGACUGGACAAGCUGAGGGAGGCGGAUCUCCCUGAAAACCCUGCGAGAGCGGAGUAGCUUCAAAAGCUACUUCCACAGUAUACUCUUUAUAAAAGGUCAAUUUGUAUGACUGCUGGUCUCAGGUUCAAAGUCCAUUCUGUAAUUCCAAACAGGUUUGUGUACUUCAUAUAUGAGUAUAUAUGUAUUAUACUAUAUGUGUUCAC